AUUUUUUUAUUUAUUAUUUUUUUACAUAAUGGGUGUUACUAACUUAUUUCAUCGUCCUUUACAUUUUGAGUUUUUUGUAUCUGUUGUUUUAUUACACGAGUUGUUCGAGCAAUACUUAAAUUUUCGACAAUAUCGCUUUGUAAAAAAGAAGUUAACGGGAGAUAAAACAUUCUUGCAAGAAAAUAAAAAUGAUAGAAUAUAUAAAAAAACAUUGGAAUCAGUUAGUGAAUAUUUAAAUUCAGAUGAUUAUAAGAAAACUGUCGAAUACUCAUAUGAUAAAUUGAAAUUCAACGUUUUCAACUCAUUGUUCCAUUUCUUAUUCGAUCUGUUCCUUUUAUUUGUUCUGUUUUCGCCAAAAUUAUGGAAAUUUUCAGGAAAAGUACUUAAAAAAAACAAUGAAUAUACCCAAUCACUGGUAUUUUGUGGAAUUAAAAUGCUAUUCGAUACUAUGGUUGAACUCCCAUUUGGAUUAUACUCUGAUUUUGUCCUGGAAGAAAAGCAUGGAUUCAACAAAAAAACAUAUAAACUGUUUGUGAAGGAUUUGCUAUUAACACUUUUGCUCCAAUGUGUAAUAGGAGGCCCAGUUCUUUGUGCACUAAUAUUCCUGGUUAAUUGGGGAGGAGAGCUUUUCUACUUCUACGUAUUCGGAUUUAUCGUUGUUUUCAACUUUAUCAUGUUGAUUGUAUACCCAGAAUUAAUUGCGCCUCUUUUCAAUAAGUUCGAACCGCUCCACGACGAAGAAUUGAGAAAUGAUAUUGAAAAUCUUGCACGUAAAGUUGAUUUCCCACUUAAGGAAAUAAAACAGAUGGAUGGUUCUAAGAGAUCAUCCCAUUCAAACGCAUAUUUAUAUGGGUUGUGGAAGUUUAAAAAGGUGGUAAUCUACGAUACUCUCCUCAAGCAAGAUAGAAAAGAAAUAGUCAGCGUGGUUUCCCACGAAUUAGGACACUGGAAGCACAAACAUGUUCCCAAGAUGCUAACAUUUUCAUUCGCGAAUUUGUUCGCAAUGUUCUUCCUUUUCAAAAAGUUCAAGGAUAACAAAAACAUGUACAAUAGCUUCGGAUUCCACGGAGUCAAGUCUUUUGUAAUAGGAAUAUCACUAUUUUCAAAUAUCUUCACCGUUUUGGGAAUAUUGACGAAUCUGGUUAAUGUUACACUGACAAGAUUCCACGAAUUUCAAGCCGAUAAGUAUGCAGUCAAACUGGGAUAUGGUGAGGAUCUAACCAAAUCACUGUUAUCUUUGCAUAAAGAUAACAAAGCCAUGAUUUAUUACGAUCCUUUAUACUCAUGGUACCACUUCGACCAUCCAGUACUCUUUGAACGGUUGUACUCACUCUAUCAGACUAUGGCUGAAAGAAAGCUUUAAUACAUAAUUUUAUAAAAUAUCUUA